AUGGAUCUUACGGCAUAUUUAGAGACUUUUUUGUCUGACGAAGAAGAUAAGAAUAUGUCCAUGCAAGAAUUAAUAGGAGGACUGGAAGAAGAAAUAUGGACAUAUCAAUUCAUUAUGAUUUUGAAUAAGGCGAAAUUUAAAGAGGACGAUUAUAUUCGCUUCAAAAAGUACACCAAAACAUGUGGUAAUAUCUAUUGUUCAUUUGGAGCCACUUGUUUUAAGGAUAAACUUAUUCAACGAACUCUCUGCCAGUGCAGUGAUAUUUGUCCCGAUGUCCAUAACCCAAUUUGUGGUGGAGACGGCGUUACUUAUGCAAGUGAGUGCCAUUUACGACUUGCUGAAUGCUUACAGCAGAAAACAAUUGAAGUGCAUCACCAAGGAGAUUGUGAUGUGAAAGACCCAUGUGCUGGGAAAGAGUGCCACUAUGGAUCCAAGUGUAAACCAUCCCUUGAUAAUCAAUCUGCUAAGUGUGUUUGUUCAGAAAAAUGUGCAACAUAUGGUGAUAGUCGUGGCUCCCGUCCGGUGUGUGGUAGUGAUGGUACGACGUACCCAAAUGUAUGUGAGCUUGAAAAAGCUGCUUGCACGCAAGUUAGAGAAAUUAUUAUCAAGUACCAGGGGCUUUGUGAUCCGUGUGAGGGCGUUGAUUGUCCAUCAUCUCAAGUCUGUCAGUUAGAUGAGCUCAGAAAUCCAAUUUGUAGAUGUACCUCUUCCUGCAGUUCAGACAUCAGACCUGUAUGCGGAUCAGAUGGGAAGACAUACACAAAUGAAUGCAAACUGCGUGUGGAGGCUUGUAAAGCUAGGAAGAGCAUCCGAAUUAUUUAUGCUGGAGAGUGCAGUGCUGGGGCCAAUCCAUGUGAGAGUUUAGAAUGUGGACCUAAUGAAGAAUGUGAUAUAGAUCGAUUCGGCAUUGCAACUUGCCAGUGUCCUCCAGUUUGUGAGACAGUCGUUAAACCAGUUUGUGGAACUGAUGGUCAUACAUAUCAGAAUGACUGUGACUUGCAUCGACAAUCCUGCCUCAAGAGGAGAGAAGUCACUCUUGCCUACCAAGGAGAAUGUGGUAAAUUAUAG